UCUAGUUAAGUAGGCUAAAAUCAAACAAGCACUCUUCCACUAUUUCCUCUUAACAACAAUUUGAUACCUUGCCAAUUGACAUGCAAUUAACUUUUCACAAAAGAGCCGUUGGCUUUUCCCAACUUUUGAAACUUAACUACCUCACAACAAAACCCUUGUCACUUAUUCAACAAUGCAUAGACACCCAAUCCAUUUUAGACCUCAAAAAAAUUCAGACCCACAUCACAAAAUCCGGUUUUACACUCACUUUAAGAGAUAAAUUGGUAGAUGCUUACUUAAAAUGCGGUAGCAUUUCGGAUGGUCGUAAAUUGUUCGAUGAAAUGCCUGAACGACAUAUUGUUACUUGGAAUUCCAUGAUAGCUAGGUAUAUUAGUGGAAAGAAUAUUAAGGAAGCUAUUGGUUUGUAUAGAAUGAUGAUUUUUGAGGGAUUAUUUCCUAAUGAGUACACAUUUUCGAGCAUUUUUAAGGCAUUUUCAGAGCUGGGUUGUCUGCGCGAGGGACAGAGAGCUCAUGGGUUGUCAGUGGUUUUGGGUGUAGAGGCGUCAAAUGUGUUUGUUGGUAGUGCUUUGGUUGAUAUGUAUUCAAAGUUUGGUCAAAUGCGGGAUGCUAAGUUGGUGGCAGAUCAAGUUGUAGAGAAAGAUGUUGUUUUGUUUACUGCUUUGAUUGUUGGUUACUCUCAACAGCGUGCAGCUUGGGAGGCUUUAGCGGUUUUUGUGAGUAUGAUCAAUGAAGGGGUUAAGGCUAAUGAAUAUACUUUUGCAAGCAUUUUGAUUGCCUGUGGAAAUUCAGAGGAUUUAGGUAAUGGUAGGCUGAUUCAUGGACUUAUUAUCAAAUCUGGUUUUGAAUCUGCUGUUGCUUCACAAACUUCACUCCUUACGAUGUAUUCAAAGUGUGGAUUAAUUGAUGAUUCUUUGAAAGUUUUCAAGCAGUUUGUAAACCCAAAUCGGGUGACAUGGACGUCACUAAUUGCUGGUCUUGUGCAAAAUGGUAGAGAAGAGGUCGCUCUGACAAAGUUCAGGCAGAUGAUCUGUAACGCAAUAAAUCCAAAUUCUUUUACUUUAUCUAGUGUACUUAGGGCAUGCGCCAGUCUUGCAAUGCUUGAAGAAGGCAAACAAAUCCAUGCCAUAGUCACAAAAUACGGAUUGGACAAAGAUAAAUAUUCUGGAGCAGCAUUGAUUGAUCUGUAUGGGAAAUGUGGAAAUACAGAAAUGGCAAAAUUGGUUUUUGAUGACUUAACUGAAGUUGAUGUUGUCUCUGUUAACUCCAUGAUAUAUAGUUAUGCCCAGAAUGGAUUUGGAGCUGAGGCACUUGAACUGUUCACUAGGAUGAAAGAUCUGAGACUGCACCCAAAUGAAAUUACAUUUUUAAGUGUUCUCUUAGCAUGUAACAAUGCAGGAUUUGUUGACGAAGGUUGCCAGAUAUUUGCUUCUAUGAAGAGCUGUCACGAUAUUGAACUAACAAGAGAUCACUAUGCUUGUAUGGUCAAUUUGCUUGGACGUGCAGGAAGACUUGAGGAGGCUGAAAUAUUAAUAAAUCAGGUUGAGAAUCCAGAUGUGGUUUUAUGGAGAACGUUGCUCAGUGCAUGUAGGAUUCAUGGAGAAGUUAAAAUUGUGGAGAGAAUUAAGAAUAAAGUGCUUGAGCUUGCGGCAGGGGAUGAAGGAACUCAUGUUUUGUUGUCAAAUCUUUUUGCUUCAACAGGAAAAUGGAACCAGGUGAUAGAGAUUAAAACCGCAAUGAGGGAGAUGAAAUUGAAAAAGGAUCCAGCAAUGACUUGGGUUGAUGUUGAUCGUGAGGUCCAUACCUUCAUGGCCGGGAAUUGUUCCCACCCAAGAUUGCAAGAGAUAUUUGAAACUCUAGAUGAUCUAAUUCAGAAGGUUAAAAUCCUUGGUUAUGUUCCAGAUACUAGAUUUGUGUUACAAGACUUGGAUGAGGUGAGAAAAGAGAGGUCUUUGUAUUACCAUAGUGAGAAAUUAGCCAUAGCUUUUGCAGUAUGGAAGACUAGCAAUCAAACUUCUAGUAUCAGGAUUUUUAAAAACCUCAGAGUUUGUGGGGAUUGCCACAAUUGGAUUAAGCUUGUAUCUAAAGUUGUUAAAAGAGAAAUAAUUUCCAGGGAUGCAAAGAGAUUUCAUCAUUUUAAAGAUGGAUUGUGUUCCUGUGGAGAUUAUUGGUGAUGUACAGGACAUGUCUACUCAUCUGUCUUGACAAGAAAAAUGCAGAGUGAGCCAUUCAUUUUUCAUCUUUAAAGAUUUACUUAGAGAUGGAUUCAAUUUGAUUCGAGCAUUGGGCCAGCUUGAGCUCAGAUUGAAUUCAAAUUGUCCAAUUCAAACUCAUUUCAACUAGUGAACAAUAUCAUCGGAGGACCACCAAUGUGGGAUGCAGUAUCAUUGGUUGAAGAAACAAAUUGAUCAUGAAUUGAAAUGGAGCUCCAACCUGAAAUUGAUUCAUUCAAACCAAGUCGUAAAUUUGAUCCAAGCUAGAUUUACCCAUUUAUGUCAAAAGUUAACCCUCUUGGCAUACUUUUGGUUUUCAUGUUGGAUCGAUUGAUCCCUUUUACAACAAGCUCCAAUACAAUCCAAUGAUUGAUUGACAAUAAACAUUUGCAGAAUUUGAAUUACUGUAACUGUAGGAUCUGUAGAGCAUUCUAUCACUGUAACUGAUCAUAAAAUUCGGACCAAAUGUAAGAAGAAAUUGUUGGAUUCUGAAUUUGAAUUUGAUCCCGAAUUUAUUUUGUUCAUUUGGCUUGAUUCUCCUGACACAAAGCAAAACAAUAACCCAAUUAUGGUAUACAAUCUAGAAAUGUUUUUCUAUACCGUCAUUCUCGUUACAGUGAAAGAUCAAAUAGAGUACAAAAGCUGUCUAAAUAUUCAAACAAA